CAAAGCAUGCAAAAGCAGGGACCUGCAGCCAUGCACAGUCUGGCUCUGUGCAUUUGGAUCUUCUCUCUCCACACCACAGCUGAAUUCUCCUCCAGGUCUGAACUGGAGUAUGAGUUCGGCGACUACAGGGGCAGAUGGUGCAUUGAUGAGCAGGGCUUUGUGUACGGCAUUGGGGAGGUGUACCAGCCCAGCCCUGCUGCCUGCCCCUGCACGUGCACUGAAAACGGACCUGUGUGUUUCCGGCCAAAGUGCCCACGCAUUCAUCCCCGGUGCACUCGCGUCAGGUACCGAGCCUGCUGCCCUGUGUGUGAGGCCGUCAGCAAAGUGUGUGUGUACGGAGGCAAGACUUACAGACUGCUUGAGGAGUUUAAGUUAUCACGGUGUGAGAAGUGUCGCUGUGAGGCUAAUCGGGAGGUGUACUGCAGCAUAUCCGGCUGCCCUGCUCUGCACUGUGUGGAUCCCUCAUACGAAGCCAACCACUGCUGUCCUGUGUGUAAGAACGGUCCAAACUGCUUCGCUGGAAACCGCAUCAUCCCGGCCGGAGAGCGAGUGGAGAUUGACGAGCGGACCGUGUGCUACUGCACUUACCGUGACGGCACAUGGCAGACUCAGCCUCACGCCACCUGCGAGCCGAGCCAGCAGCCAGACGAGGAGGAUGCAUCCAAACAGAUGGAGGAGAGUGAGAGAGAAAGAGAGAGGGAGCGAGAGAGAGAGAAAGAGAGGCAGAGGGAGCUGUUGCCAAGGCUGGACGUCAUCCCAUGAGGGCAGGGGUUCUUUGGACAGGCCAAGAGAAAAGCAGGAGGUCCGGCAGAUGCCCGUGGCCAGGGUAAACACAACCUGCGUUGGGCCUGACUGCCAACGCUGACCUCUUCCACCUCCCUCUGAGCCGAGACACCUGCUGAAGCCAUGCACCUGUCCCAAAAUAUCCAGACACCUGCUCAUCCAACAUUUCUUUCACAGUCAAGGGUAUUAGAGGCCUCCAGCACUCAUGCCUUUAAAAAAAAAUGUGUUUGUUAAAUGGUUAAUCCCUCUUGGAUGACUAAUAAAAAGUAGGUCAAAUGUGA